AAGUUCACCGACCAGUGCCGGAUCACGGAACGAUGGACGAGGAUGUGGAAGCCGAGGAGACCCGCAUACGUAACCAAGUGGUCACUCAGAAAAUGGGCUCGGACUUUGUGGCCGUCCUGGAUUUUUGCAAGAAGUUCCGCACCCGGACGGUCGUGAAAGGCAUCUCCUUUAGCGUUGCCGAAGGUGAGGUUCUGGCCGUGCUUGGAGUGCCCGACUCGGGAAAGACCACUCUACUGCGCAUGCUCGCCACCGACCUGCCCCACGAUCGAGGCCGAGCGCUGAUGAAGACGCCGCGGGGAAUCAUUACGAUGCGCAGCGAUCCGGUCAGUUGGCGAGCCGGCAUGGGCUACUGCCCACAGCGCGAAUGGCUGCUGGAGCAGAUGACGGGCGCCGAGACGCUGGCGCUGUUCGCAAGGCUGCGGGGCGUGCCGGAGACCCGGGUGUUCGCGGUGGUGAGGGACGUUGCGCGCCUGGUGGGCAUCGACGCUGUGGUGCAGGACUUCGUCGCCUCGUAUAGUGGCGGCCUGCGGCGGCGCCUGUCGAUCGCCGUGGCACUGGUUGGUCUGCCGCCCGUGGUGCUGCUCGACGAGCCGACGGUCGGCGUGGACGUGUUCUCCCGCAGGACCGUGUGGGAGGCACUGCACACACUCCAGCAAGUGGCCAAGACCACGGUUAUCAUGACGACGGCAAGCAUGGAGGAAGCUGAAGGCAUGUGCGACCGCUUGGCUAUCGUAAUCGACGGCGAGUUCCAGUGCAUCGGCACGCUGACGCACCUCAAGUCCAAGUUCGCCCAGGGCUACACGGUGACCGUCAAGACGCAUGACGAGUACAAAGACGACUUCGAGUAUCGAGGCAAACUCAUGCGGGCCAUCAGUGACACCUUUCCCAACAGCAAUCUCCAGCAGGCGUUCGAGGGCUUCCUGGAGUACCACAUGCCGGACAGCGGUCUGCCGUGGCACGAGCUGUUCGCGCAUGCCGAGGCGAUCAAGCGCAAGCUCAACCUGUUCGAGUUCCUGAUCAGCAACACCACGCUGGACCACGUGUACGCGGCGCUUGCCCGAUGGGAACGAGGUCGCGCCCGCAGAGCGGCUGGCGAGGGCUCACCCGGCCAAGAUGGCGGAGUGAGCCCCGCAAUGUAAAUGGAGUCGACGCUCGCCAGCCUCUGUCGCCGAGAUUAACUGCGUGAAAACUGAAACGUGUUAUAGAACUGGUAGCGGCGGGGUCGGAGGAUGUUUCGAACUAUAUGGUUUCAGACUUCUGAGAAUUAAUAACGCUUUUUUAUUUCGUCACUGUUACGUGUUUUGUGAGCGUUGCUUGUGUCUUUUACAUAUUGCGAAUGUCCUGUAGUUUGCGUGAAAUGCUAACUCCCACGUCAAAGCCUACGUUCUACCGACUGAUAACGGCAAAGUACUUUUCUCCGGUUACAAACAUUAAUGGCGCUCUCUUCGACACGUCCAUGUAGAACACGUGUGUCCCGCUUUGUGCGAAGGGUGCGGUAAUAUACGUGGGUAUUGCUUUGACUGUUAUCGUUCAGCGCGCAUGAUUGUUUCAUUUUGGUUGAAGAGCUGGACAAAAUGAAGGAUUUUUAUAUCGGUGUGAGAGGGGCCUCAACUCGAAGGUAUAACAUCAUUUGAUGUGCCCACACAUGCAAGAAAGUCAUUUCAGUGAAUAACGUCAUAUGCUUGGUUGUACCAUAUGUUACACUCUUGCUUGCAGAAUUUUAUAGAA